CUUCUCCCUCAUCACCCCCAGUGUCUUGAGGAUAGAGAGCGACGAGCAGGUUGUGGUGGAGGCUCAUGGACUCAAUGCUGAAACACAGGUGACAAUCACUGUCCUAGAUUUCCCUGAGAAGAAAAACAACAUCUACUGGAUCAAAGCUUCCCUGAAGCCAGAAAAUGGCAUGAUAGCAACUCCAUCCAUAAAGCUCUCCUCAAACGUCCUCAAGAAGGAUUCCAGGAAAAAUAUAUAUGUUGUUGUCCAGGCCAUCUGUGCUCAAUUCACUCUGGAGAAGGUGGUUCUCACCUCCUUCCAGAGUGGGUAUAUCUUCAUCCAGACAGAUAAAACCAUCUAUACUCCUGGAUCACCAGUGCGCUACCGUAUCUUUUCUGUGGGUCACAGCAUGGAACGUUUGGACAAACAUGUGGUUGUUGAGAUUGUGACACCAGAAGAUAUUAUUGUCAGCCAGAAGAUGAUCAGUUCAGCAGUUGCCCAGACUUACAACAUACCAGAACUUGUCAGUUUGGGGACCUGGAAGGUUGUGGCCAAGUAUCAAGACUCCCCAGAGGAGAGCUUCAGCACACCGUUCGAAGUCAAGGAAUAUGUGUUGCCAAGCUUUGAAGUUGUUCUGGAACCAGCAGAGACGUUUUAUUACAUUGACAUGACAGCAGAUUUCAAAGUGUCUAUCACUGCAACAUUCCUCUAUGGUGAAAAAGUAGAAGGCGUAGCUUUUGUCCUCUUUGGAGUGAAAAUUGAUAAUGACAAGAAGAGCAUUCCAGACUCACUCAGGAGAACUGAGAUUGUUAAAGGGAAAGGGGAAGCGGUGCUUACAAGAGCUAUGCUCCAGUCCAGAUUUCGCAACCCUGUUGAGCUCGUUGGGCACUCCCUUUAUGUCUCUGUAACAAUGAUGACGGAUUCAGGCAGCGACAUGGUGAUGGUAGAGAAAAGUGACAUUAGCAUUGUAACAUCUCCCUAUCAGAUCCACUUCACCAAAACCCCCAAAUACUUCAAGCGAUCAAUGCCCUACGGACUGACGGUAUAUGUCACCAAUCCUGAUGGCUCCCCAGCUGCCCGGGUCCCUGUGGUGUCAGAGCCUCUUGCAGGAAAUGCAGUAACACAGAAUGAUGGGAUUGCCAAGCUAGUCCUGAAUAUGCCUGGAAAUGCACAAGAGCUAAGGAUCACUGUAAAAACCAACCAUGAACGACUCCCAAAAGAACGUCAGGCAACCAACAGCAUGGUGGCUAGACCUUACCAAACCCAGGCAGGAUCUGAAAACUACCUGCAUUUAGCAGUCUCUGCUACAGAGCUCAAGGCUGGGGAUGACUUGCAUAUCAAUUUCAAUUUGAGAAGCAACAACCAAGACGUGCUGAAUGGAGUCACAUAUUUAACCUACAUAAUCUUAACUAAAGGGAAGAUACUGAGGGCUGGGAGGCAGCCGAGGCGAGCUGGACAGAAUCUGGUCACCAUGUCUCUGCGCAUCACCCCAGAUCUCAUCCCUUCAUUCCGUGUUUUGGCUUAUUACCCAGUGGGGGACAAUGAGAUUGUGGCCGACUCUGUCUGGGUGGAUGUGAAGGACACCUGUAUGGGAACGCUGAUUGUGAAAGGAGCAACUGAGGCUGACGAUCAAAUCAAGGAGCCAAGCACUCAAAUGAAAAUCAAGGUGGAAGGAGAUGCAAAUGCUACAGUUGGUCUUGUGGCUGUGGACAAAGGGGUUUAUGUCCUAAACAAUAAAUACAAACUUACCCAAAGUAAGAUCUGGAACACAGUAGAAAAGAACGAUAUUGGCUGCACAGCUGGCAGUGGCAUGAAUAAUCUGGGUGUUUUCGAAGAUGCUGGGCUCACCCUGGAGACCAGCAAUAAGCUCUCCACAAAACUAAGAUCAGAUGCCAAAUGCCCCCAAGCUGCGAGGCGGAGACGUCGCCGCUCUGUCCAACUCAUUGAGUCGAAGGCAAGCAAAGUGGCUCAAUAUCAGGAUCAGAGGCUAAGAAAGUGCUGUGAAGAUGGCUUGCAUGAGAAUCCCAUGGGGCACACCUGUGAAAAGCGUGCAGAAUACAUUGAGGAUCAGAAUGAGUGCCGGGCUGCCUUCCUUGAAUGUUGCCGCUACAUCAAAGGCAUACGGGAUGCAAAUCGACGGGAGGAUGAACUUAUCUUGGCCAGAAGUGCCUUUGAGGAUGAAUAUUCACCUGAUGAAGACAUUGUCUCCAGGACUGAGUUUCCAGAGAGCUGGUUGUGGGAAACAAAAAUGCUGAAUGAGACACCAAAUGAUGAAGGAUAUUUUCACACUGAAGAGAAUUUCUAAGCAAGAAAGUCUGACGUGCAGGUGCCAUGGAUUCUUCUGAUCCUGCUUCUUUCCCUGUUGAUCUCCUGGACAGGUAUCUGUGUGGCUGAGCCUUAUGAAAUAAAGGUAAUGAAGAAAUUCUUUAUUGAUCUGCGGGUGCCUUACUCGGUGGUGAGGAAUGAGCAGGUGGAGAUUCGGGCUGUUCUCUACAACUAUGGGAAUCAGGAUAUCAGGGUGCGGGUGGAGCUGAUGCACAAUCCCGCAUUCUGCAGCUCUUCCACUGCCAAGCAACGCUACCGACAGGAGAUUCGAAUGACAAAGCAGUCAUCCCGGGUCAUGCCAUUAGUGAUUGUCCCACUGGAAUUGGGGAUCCAUGACAUUGAGGUCAAAGCAGCUGUCUGGGGUAUGAUGGUGUCUGACGGUGUGAAGAAGAAGCUGAAGGUCGUGCCUGAAGGAAUGCAGAGGAAGCUUGUGACUGUUGUUGACCUGGAUCCAGAAACAGCAGGAAAAGGUGGAGUUCAGAAAACAAAAGUCACAGCCAAGGAUUUAAGUGAUAUUGUUCCUGGCACAGAACCUGAGAUGCAAAUUCUUGUCCAAGGUGACCCUGUGGCUCACAUUGUUGAAGACUCAAUUGAUGGAACCAAUCUGAAACAUCUCAUCAUAACCCCUUCUGGCUGUGGGGAGCAGAACAUGAUCACCAUGACACCCUCGGUUAUCGCCACCCACUACCUUGACACCACAGGCCAAUGGGAGAAGAUUGGAGUGGAUCGCAGAGCUGUUGCACUCAACCAGAUCAUGCAAGGUUAUGCCCAGCAGUUGCCAUUUAAGAAAAGAGAUAAUUCAAUUCAUGCAUUUCCAGAUCGCAAGUCUAGUACUUGGCUGACAGCAUACGUUGUAAAAGUUUUUGCCAUGGCUUCCAGACUUGUUUCUACCAUUAGCACUGAUGUCCUCUGUGGAGGGGUGAAGUGGCUGGUUCUGGAGAUGCAAAAACCAGAUGGGAUUUUCCAAGAAGAUGCCCCUGUGAUCCACGGAGAGAUGCUGGGAGGCUAUGAGGGCGCUGAACCAGAGGUGUCAUUAACAGCUUUUGUCCUGGUUGCUCUGCUGGAGUCCAAAGAGAUGUGCAGCAACCGCAUCAACAUUCUGGACAACAGCAUCAGAAAAACGGUUACCUAUUUAUCCAGAAAGUAUGACACAUUGCAAAGACCUUACACUACAGCACUUACAGCCUAUGCUUUGGCCCUAGCAGGGCAGCUGAAUGAUGACCGGGUUCUCAUGGCAGCAUCAACAGGUGGGAAUCGUUGGGAAGAAAAUGGUGCUCACACCUACAACAUCGAAGGUACCUCCUAUGGCUUGCUGGCUUUGUUGAAAAUGAAGAAAUUCGAGGCUACUGGUCCCAUAGUCGAAUGGCUGGUAGCGCAGAAGUAUUAUGGGGGAACAUAUGGCCAAACUCAGGCGACCAUCAUGGUAUUCCAAGCACUUGCUCAGUAUGAAAUCGACAUUCGUACUCAUAAGGACCUGAACUUGGAUGUUUCUAUCCAGUUGCCAGAGCGUGAGGAAGCCAUUCGUUACAGGAUUAACUACGGUUCUGCUCUCCUGUCCCGAACAGCAGAGACUAAGCUCAAUCAAAAUUUCACCGUGGAAGCAUCAGGCCAAGGAAAAGCGACAAUGACGGUUCUGACAGUGUACAAUGCCAUGAUGCAAGAAAAUACAGUUCCGUGCAAGAAAUUCAAUCUUAACGUCACUGUUGAAACUCUUCAGUUGAAUCAGAAGCAACUCAAGGGAGCCUUGGGGGCUGUCAAAAUCAAAAUCUGCACCAGGUAUCUUGGUGAGGUUGAUGCCACGAUGACAAUCAUUGAUGUUUCCAUGCUCACUGGUUUUGCCCCUGAUAUUGAUGAACUUAAGAAGCUUUCUGAGGGAGUCGACAGAUACAUCUCCAAGUUUGAAGUUGACAAAGUUAUGACUGAAAGAGGGAACCUCAUCAUUUACUUGGACAAGGUCUCCCACAUGGAAGAUGAAUGCAUACAGUUUAAAGCUUUCAAGUAUUAUGAAGUUGGUCUCGUACAGCCAGGAUCAGUCAAGGUGUACAGCUAUUAUAAUCUAGAUGAGCAGUGCACCAAAUUCUACCAUCCAGCCAAAGGAAGUGCCAUGCUCAGUAAGAUAUGCCAUGGGGAUGUUUGCCGGUGUGCAGAAGAAAGCUGCUCCUUGCUCAACAAGGUGAAGGAAGACUUUAAUCUACAAAUGCGAACUGAUUUCGCCUGCAAGCCAGGAGUAGAUUAUGUGUACAAAACCAAGCUGAUUCGAACAGAAGAAGACAAUGGUUAUUACAACUAUUUCAUGAAAAUUCUGGACGUUAUUAAAGCAGGGACUGACCGAAAUCCAGCAGCCAGUCCCCGCAUGUUUAUCAGUCCUAUGAAGUGCAGAGAAUCCCUCCACCUGCAGGAGAACAAGGACUAUCUGAUCUGGGGUCUCAGUGCUGAUAUGUGGCCAACGAAGGAUACUGUCAACUACUUGAUCAGCAAGGAUACCUGGAUCGAGAGAUGGCCAGAUGAUGAUGAAUGCCAAGAGGAAGAAUUCGAGAACUUGUGUAAUGAUCUCAUCCAGUUUUCCAACAUACUGAACAUUUUGGGCUGCCAGACCUGAUGGUGGAAGCAUAAUCUGCAAUGAGUUACAUCAUGUGGGUUUUUAAUCUAUUGUUGGGAAGUUAUCUUUUUUCCCCCCUAAAGUUCUAGCUUCCUGUAUCUUUUGAUCACCUCUUUCAUUCUUCAGAUUGUUUGGAAUAAAGGACUGAUUUCUUACUGGG